AUGGAGUUUGAAUUUAUCAUAACCUCACAAUCCAAGCCGCCAGAAACCCUCUCACAUAGAGAGAGCCGCGAGCUGUGCAAAAUCAUCGAGUUGAUAUACGCGCGAUUGGUUAUUGCAGAGGACAUCAUCAGCACUCUAAAAGCAGGUCAUUAUUUGGAUGAGGCAUUUGGCGGUCGCAUAUGCAGCUUAAGGGAUAUAAAACGGCGCCUACGACCAUAUCACCAACAUGACGAGUCCCGGCCACACCUGCACAAGUGCCCUGCUGCCCGAUGUAAGCAGCAGUUUGAGACUGCUGAUAACCUGCCACGGCAUAUCCGAAAUACGGCUGAUCUUAGCCACCGGUUUGACAAAGAGAUACUUGAUGGGAGAUACUGUUUUCAGUGUGGCAAAGAGUUCACUUCAGCCAAAUCUCUUUGGUUGCACGAGAAGGAUGAUCAUUUAGAAUCGAGCCGUUCCAGAGUUGAUGCUUUUAGGCAAUUUCACAGCACUUUCGAACUACCAACUACAACACAACAGCCAACUAGCGGCCUGUCAAAGAAGAGGAAACUUGGUGACUGUGAAAGAGGCGCUACAUCAGGCAACUUUCGGAAUCAACGCCAGAAACAAUCAGAUUUAUCGAGACCGCACUCUAGCAAAAAUACUGUCCAUUCUACUGGGAAGCAAAAUCGGCAGUGCAUAUCUGAAGAACAGCGUUCUGACCCGCAACCAGUUGUUGAAGGGACUGUGGCGGACAACCGUGGCGAGCUCCCCUUUCACAAUGUAAUGCAGCCACCGUCGACCGGCUCCGACAGGUCCGCCUUCGAUUACGCUAUCGAUUCCUCUCAGUCCGCCUUCGAUUACGCUAUCGAUUCCUCUCAGUCCGCCUUCGAUUACGCUAUCGAUUCCUCUCAGUCUGCCUUCGAUUACAGUAUCAAUUCCUUGCACAAUCCCUGCUCAGCUCAGUUCGCCUUCGAUUACAGUAUCGAUUUCUUGACCAAUCCCUGCUCAGCCCAGUCGUCGUCUAUUGGCGGGAACCAAUCCAUCUUCGACUAUUCACUACUCGAUCCGCAAGCGGCUCAACAAUAUCAUUCUUCGGCUGAUCCAUACUUAUCUACUUGCUCCUCUGGGCAGUGUGCCCAUCUUGAAGGGUCCCACCCACCUUGA